CAGCUAACCAUCCCGUGCGCCCACGCCUCGCUAGAUCGCACCCACCUACCCCUGCCCCCAUCGUCUGCUCGCUACGUGCCAUCCGUCCGUCGAUACACAUACCAUGGCCGUGUCGGAGCUGGAGGUCGACGGCGUCGUCUUCCCGCCGCUCGCCCGCCCGCCGGGCUCCGCCCACGCCCACUUCCUCGCCGGCGCAGGCGUGCGCGGGAUGGAGAUCGGCGGCCACUUCAUCAAGUUCACGGCCAUCGGCGUGUACCUGCAGGCCGACGCCGCCGUCUCCGCGCUCGCCGCCAAGUGGGCCGGCAAGCCCGCCGCCGAUCUCGCCUCCGACGCCGCCUUCUUCCGCGACGUCGUCACCGGCGAGUUCGAGAAGUUCACGAGGGUGACAAUGAUCCUGCCGCUGACGGGCGCGCAGUACUCGGACAAGGUGACGGAGAACUGUGUCGCGUACUGGAAGGCCGCCGGCGUGUACACGGACGCUGAGGCCGCCGCCGUCGACAAGUUCAAGGAGGCCUUCGGGCCCCACAGCUUCGCCCCCGGCGCCUCCAUACUCUUCACGCACUCCCCCGCCGGCGUGCUCACCGUCGCCUUCUCCAAGGACUCGUCGGUGCCGGAGUCCGGCGGCGUGGCCAUCGAGAACGCCAGGCUCUGCGAGGCCGUGCUGGAGUCCAUCAUCGGCGAGCACGGGGUGUCGCCGGCGGCCAAGCUCAGCCUGGCCAACAGGGUCGCUGAGCUGCUGAAGGGGGCCGCACACGCCGGCGGCGAGCCGGCCGCGGAGCCCGUGCCGGUUUCGGUGUGAACGAACCGGCCGGGGCAAUGCGGCGCCGUCACUGGUUGCUCGCGUCGUGUGGCUGGUAGUGUCCGUGGUGGGACGUCGUGUUUUCUUCCAUGCGCAUGCAACCAUGGAUAACUAUGAUUCUGAUGAUGAUUUACUUGGAUUUGAAUUAAUAAAGAAGUAUGCCGUUCCUUA